AUGGAUUCUUGGCUCAACAUACUGAUGUGUGGACUCUUAAUAUUAACUCUUCAGGGAACCAACGGAUCCAAACUUAGUCAGUCCAAAAAUGACAAGUACCAAAUGCUGAAGACAAAUAUCCACCAUCUGCAAGAGCAUUAUAAAACACUCGGCACAGAAUGGGUCAAGUCGGUUUUUACUUCCUAUUUGAACAAGCUGAAAUCCAAGGGAUCUUGCACUUGUCAGACAGUGUUACUCGAAGGAAUGCUGAAAAUCUACGAAGAAAUUUUCACUGACAUGCUGAACAAUUCGGAGAACAAAGAAGUCCAAUCUGAUCUGAAACAUUUAAAGAGGAUGGUACAAAACUUGAGACAUAAGUAUAGUGUAGAACAUAGUGUAUGGACGGAAAUUCAGGAAAUUCAGGAAAUCAAGGUGAAUGAUGGUACAGUCCAAGGAGGAGCGCUCAAUGAGUUUCUCAUGGUGUUUUAUAAGUCCAAAACUGAAAAACAUAUAAACGAGAUUAAUUGA